GGGGGGAAAAGAGCCAAGUAGAACGCCACGUCCACGUCACGCAAAGUCUGAGUUGUGCAGUACAUGAAGCAGAAGGAUAGAAAGUUCUUGAAGACAAGGCUUUAUUGUGCGCUGAGUGAAAUUUAAAAAGCUCCACGCUACUUAAGGCGACAAGAAAACUAGCAGGCUGAAGUAGGAGUUAAAGUUCAGAGGAGAGGAAAAGCGGCUCUUACUAGCCUCCUGAAGCUCUAAAUAGCCACAAUGAGCAAAGUAGAUGAGCCACAGCGGGAUGAGCUUGCAUACUUAAAUGAUGAACCUCCAGCAGAUACGAAUAAAGACCACCCUCAGGCUCAACCAGGCAUGUUUUCCAGAGUGACGGGAGGUCUCUUCAGUGUCACCAAGGGGGCUGUUGGGGCCACUGUUGGUGGGGUGGCCUGGCUUGGAGGGAAGAGCUUGGACCUCACUAAGACCGCUGUCACUUCUGUUGCUGCUGUUCCUGGUAUGGGAGUAGGAUUGGUGAAAGGGGGCGUGUCAGCAGUGGCUGGUGGAGUAACUGCAGUUGGCUCAGCAGUUGCUAAUAAAGUUCCCAUCGGAGGGGCCAAGAAGAAGGACAAGUCUGACUGAAAUGUCUGAGUUGUUGGGGGAGAUGCUGUCAUCAGUGACUUUAUUAUAUGACUCCUCAGUGGGAUGAUGGUUGGUUUGAUAUUCUGCAAAAUGAUUUGUUGGCAUCAGAUCUAUCUGCUAGAUCCGUUCUAUGAAUGAGUAACUUCAGUGAACUUGGAGCGUCCAUCUGUUUCUCAGAAGAGGAUGUUUUUGUCCUGUGUUGUAUGUUUUGGAACAUGACAAGGUGUGAAUGUUGUGAUCCUAGUAAGAGCAUAAUGUUUUCAUUCUUGAAGUAUUACUUGUGAAAGUUUGGAGAUUGGGUGUUUAGUGAGCGACCAGCGUAACGUCAUGUUUUGCUAAGCCACAUUGCACUGGGUUUUGUGUCUGACCAUAAACUAGGGAGCACACAUCUCUUUGUACCAGAACCUUAGGGAAAAUUAGUACCAUGAACAAUACAUUGAAUUAAGAUGGGCAUUACUUGGGUAUUCACUGUACUGUAGGAGAAAGUUUGAGACUGUGAUGGGUUGAUGGUAAUGUUUCAUCUCUCUGAUUAAUUCGGUUUGUGAGGUACAGCCCCUGGGGUCCAGGCUGAGCCAUGCUGCCUGCUGUUACAGCUUAGCUCACCAGUCUCUCUCUCUCCCACCUACAACACAGAGAAGCCUUGAGCCUCCAGCCACAAACUGUUCACUGUGCACCAAAACUACAUCUAAGGAGUUAUUCCUGUGUAAAUCUGAAUGCUGGUAGCAAACAUUCCGAAGCAAAACAGUUUGUAAUAUUACGUGAAAUAGCUGUUUAGGUUAGAUUGGGUCUGUUAAAUUCUGGGCCAUUUUACUCAUCUAGCCUUGCAGUGAAGAUUGUCUGUAAAAGCUAGUUUGUUCAACUAUGCAUGUUUUGUUUUAUCCUUAAGAAUUAUUUUCAAGUCACUUUCAAACUUUGUCUUGUCCAUUUCAUAAGUAGAAUCAUUUUCCCCAGGCCAAUACUGCAUUACUUUUUUUUUUUUUUUGAUAAAGUAUAAAUGAGCAGAGACAGUAUUUUCUCCAAGAUGUGUUCAAAAUCUUUUUCCUGCAACCAAAGAAUGCAAAAUGGUGAAUAUAGGUCGUCUUUGUAAUAAGCAAUAUGUCCCCUCCCUUUUAUUUUAUCAGUGUGUGUAUUCGUUUUACACACACACAUGUAAGUUUGUGCUUGAAUAUAUGUAUAAUGUGAAUUAAAUAAAGAAAUAGGAUUCAA